AUGAAACAUAACAAAUAAUAGAGUCAUUACGUUCUGGACUUCUCAGACAUAGAAGACAUCUCGGAUAAUGAGUCAGAGAGUUCUAAUAAGUCGAAUCAACAAUAAUAAAUUAAUCAAACUACUCCAACUCCGAACAGAAUAGAAUUGCAGAUUCCGAAUAUGCAAGUGAAAAAAGAGACAGUCGAAAUUCCAUCAAUCUUGAUACAAGAAGAGGAAGAACCUGUAAUAAGGAGAAAGUUGGAUUUUUAAAAUUAACAAUGGUAGGUUAAUUUUGAUGAAUUGUCGGAAUAAGAUCAACAAGAGAGUGACAGGUCAGCGGUUGCUAUAGAAAUCCCGAGAGACCCAAGUCCACCUACAGUAGCAGUUGAAGAACCUUAAUAUAUUGAAUAAUAUUUUGAAGAUCAGAAUGUGAUUGAAGAAAUAGAUAUUGAAUAAGAGUAAUUGAAAAUGGAGUAGAGGAAGGAACAAUUGAAACAAGAUCUAAUAACUAAGAAACAUUAACAAUAAAAGCAGAUUCCAAAGGUUCAAUAGGUUUAAAAGGAGCAAUAAUAAGUCUAGGAUGUAAACUAAUAAAAAAAUAAAAAUUCUGAGGAUAAAUCAAAGUAAGUUUGUAAAUAGAAAUUUUAUAAUCCCAAAAAUUCAUUGAUUUAUUUGAGAUUAAAGGGGAGGGAGGAUUUAUAUAAAAAAUAAGAGUAUGUAAUAGAUGAAUAGACUAAACCUUAAGAUUAGGAUGAAUUAUUAGAAGGACUGGAGUGCAUUAAUAAUUUAUUGAUUGGAUUGUCUAAAAUUAAGGAUAAGAAGGUAGGUGUCGUUGAAAAGUAAUAGAAGAUAUUGCCAUUGUAGAUCUAAAAGCAUCGUUUAGAUGAUAAAGGAGAUCAUCACAAAGAGUCUAAACUUCAAAAGAAAGAUGAAAAAGAAAAAGAAAAGGAUAAUGAAUAAUAAAAAUAGAAUACUAAGGAUGCUCAAAAAAAGGAUCAAUAAAUAACUGAAUUAAAUAUUAAAUAGUAAUAGUUACAAGAAGCUCAAUAAGCUAGAUAGAUCAGACAUGAAAAGUAAUAGUAGGAGAAGGAAAAGUAGAGACUAUUAGAAUAAAGGCAAGUUUAUAAGAUUCUAACAAAGAAGCAAGUCAACUAGGGAUUAAUACUCUACAAGUGCUAAUUAAGAUAAAAGCAAAAGGACUCUAUAAAAUGGUUAAGAUAUUCAGAGAUUGCUUUAAUAAGCAAAGGUGAAAGUGAGAUCUUCAAUUUUGAAAAGAGAAUAUCAGAUCAAUUAUUUAUGUAAUUGCACAAGGCCAAUAUGAGAUCGGUGGUAAUAACUAAAUAAGCUAUGUUUGAUGUAGUAACUAUACAUUAUGUGAAAGAAUAAAAGGAAGUUGAGGAAGCCAAAUAAAAGGACAAAGGAUAAGUUGGGAAAAAUGAAAGGGAAAAUCAAAUUGUUGAAGAAAAAUAAAUCAAAGAGAAGAAAGCAAUACAAAAUAAUGAUAAAAAGAAGAAGAAUUAGGAUUAAUAAAAGAAUGAGGUAUAAUAAUAAAAGAGUGAUAAAUAAUAAUAAAAGGGUGAAAAGCAAUAAUAAAAAGGUGAUAAAUAAUAAUAAAAAGAUAAACAGUUAGAAUAGCUAUAGACACAAUAAUUGUAAUAAGAGAAUGAAAAAGAUUAAUAGGAUGCUAAAAGAACAAAAAAUAAAGUUAGUUAUUUGGAAAGUGAUGAGGAAAAGAAAGAUGAGGAUCUAUUAGAUGCUGAUUCAAUUUAAAUAUUCAAAAUUACUUAAGAGAGAUAAAGAAAAAUAGAUAAGAAAGAUAAAGAAUAGAAAUAACCACAAAGUAAUUAGUAAUAGGUUGAAGAAUAAAAAUAAAUUGAAUCAAAUGAACUAAAUUAAAAUAAUAAUAAUAAUUAAAAUAAGGAAUAAAAGAAAGUUAAGAAUCUGAAAAUAAAAGAAUGUCCAUUGAGUAGAUUGGAAACUAAUGAUGAAAUUAAGAAGAAAGAGUAAAUUAAUUAAAAAAGAAAAGAAAAACGAAGGUAAGAAUAUCAAUAAUAUUUGAAUGAAAUAGAGCAAGAACAAUUAGUUGAAGUUACUCAUUCAAAACACAAAAAAUAAUAAAAAGAAACAAAAUAAUAAGAAACCAAUAAAUAAUAAAUCAAAUCAAGUAAUAAAGGUUAAAAAAUCAAUAAUUAAUAAGAAAUCUAGAAUUUGGAUGAACAAACUAAUUCAAAAGAUAAAGAAGAAACUAAACAGUCUAAUUCUACAAAAAGAAUAGGAAGGUAAAAUACUAGAAAUCAUAAAUCACCAUCUCCAUCGAAAGAAUCGAUCGAACCAGGUUAUGUGUCUUCCAAACGUAUAUAUGAAAAUAGAGAUCAAAAGAAAAAGAGGCUCAAGGUUUUAGAAGAUGAAGAAUCUGAAUUUAGCUAACAAAAUGUCAAAUAGCCCCAAGUAAAAGAGCAAAAAAAAAGAGUUAGAUAAAAAUGA